CUCCAUCUUGCAGAGCCCCUGUCGCAGGCCGGACCCAGCCGCUGCCUCCCAGCACCCAGGGGUGUCGAGACCCCUCUCCCCUGGCCCCGAUCGCUGCCUCCUCCCUACCCCGCUCCAACUUUAGCAUGAUGUCUUAUCUUAAGCAACCACCUUAUGCCGUCAAUGGGCUGAGUCUCACCACGUCGGGCAUGGACCUGCUGCACCCCUCCGUCGGCUACCCUGCGACCCCACGGAAGCAACGGCGGGAGCGCACCACCUUCACCCGGGCGCAGCUGGACGUGCUGGAGGCGCUCUUCGCCAAGACCCGCUACCCGGACAUCUUCAUGCGUGAGGAGGUGGCGCUCAAAAUCAACCUGCCUGAGUCCCGGGUGCAGGUGUGGUUUAAAAACCGUAGAGCCAAGUGCCGCCAGCAGCAGCAACAGCAGCAGAACGGCGGGCAGAACAAAGUGAGGCCUGCCAAGAAGAAGAGCUCCCCGGCCCGGGAAGUAAGUUCCGAGAGUGGGACCAGUGGCCAGUUCAGCCCCCCCUCCAGCACCUCAGUCCCAGCCAUUUCCAGCAGCAGUGCCCCCGUGUCUAUCUGGAGCCCAGCUUCCAUCUCCCCACUCUCAGAUCCCCUGUCCACCUCCUCUUCUUGCAUGCAGAGAUCCUACCCUAUGACCUACACCCAAGCUUCAGGUUAUAGCCAAGGAUAUGCUGGCUCAACCUCCUACUUUGGAGGUAUGGACUGUGGAUCUUACUUGACCCCUAUGCAUCACCAGCUGCCUGGACCAGGGGCCACACUCAGUCCUAUGGGUACCAAUGCAGUCACCAGCCAUCUCAACCAGUCCCCAGCCUCCCUCUCCACCCAGGGCUAUGGAGCUUCGAGCUUGGGCUUUAACUCAACCACCGAUUGCUUGGAUUAUAAAGACCAAACUGCCUCCUGGAAGCUAAACUUCAAUGCUGACUGCUUGGAUUAUAAAGACCAGACAUCCUCAUGGAAGUUCCAGGUUUUGUGAAGGCCUGAAGGAACCCUUUGUGAUAAUAAAAUAAUAAUAAAAAAACAUGCUGGGCUGAACAUUCCCGUUUUAGUCAGGUCUUGGUUAAAUUAAAGAGGAAAAAAGAGAGACAGUUGGUGUGAUCAUAUCCAGAUUCAUCUCCUGCUCAGAAGCUCUGGAAAGGAAUAGAGUGGAAAUGAAGGAAGAAGGCCUUAAGUGGACAGAUCAUCUAGUGAGCAGAAAGAGACAGACCAACCUGUGUUCUUUAUAGUUUUAGCCAAUUGUUGGGUUUCUUUGUUUGAAAGGAAUGGAAGAGCAUUCCAUCUAUGGGCCAGUUAAAAUAAAUUGUCUAGGUUUUUAUUUCUUUUGUGUGUGUGUGUGGAAAGAUCCUUCACCCAGAGGUUUCCAGUGUGUUAGCCAACCCUUGGUUAAAAUCUUUGGAAUGGACAGCAUCUCUAUCUUUCUCUCUGCUUCUCUCUCUCUCUGUCUCUCUCUUUCUCUUUCUCUCUCAAGCUCAUUCAACUGUUUCAUGCCCAACUUGCUAGUUGGCACUGAAAGACCUUGGUUCAGGGCUGUGUGGGUUGUGCUACUGAUUGUCCUAGCUGCACUACUUUAUUUAAAAAAAAAAAAAGAAGAAAUAAUGUUCAUAAGGAGUCAAUAUGUAGUUUUUAAGAGACAAUCAGUGUGUGUCUUAUAUAAAUGGUACAUCUGUGGUUUUUAAUCUGUGCUAGACUUCAAAACUGUGAUCUCCUGUAUUGUAUGCAACUGUGAACUCCGCAUCAGCAGGGGUUCUGCUGUGAUUUAAAUAGGUUAUAAUUAUAAGUGAAAUUCAGAGCAACUGAGUUACCUAUUAUCAUCUUAAAAAUAAAAUAAAAUAAAAAAGAUCGCCUUGCACCAGAGGUGAGCUGCACUGAAACUUUUAACAACAAACUGUCUCUGAAUGAAAGAGAAAGAACGAAUACACACAAGGACACUAAACUCAUCUGUAGUAUCUUACUGUUGGCAGAGCGAGCAGUAAAAAAUCAAACAGGACACUGGUCGAUUGCUCUGACCUGAUGAAUUUAAACCGAGAAAUUCAUUGUCGUUUAUGCUUGCAGAUGUUAAUUGAAAAAAAAAGAUAUAUAUGCAUAAACCUUUUUUUUCCUGGAUUUGGCAGAUAUGUAUAAUUAUA